AUGUUCUUCUCUGACGGCUCCACCUUGCUACGAUCUAUGAAAGAUGAAAGUCUUCGAGCCACGUGGGCACCAUCGCUCAUUGACCCAUCACCGGCCAGCGCACAGCUUGCACGUGCACAUUUCGAGAAGCAUCCACCGAACAACCUGCGCAAGUCAAACUUUUUCCACUUUGUCGUCGCCCUAUAUGAUCGUGCUAGCCAACCCAUCGAAAUCGAAAGGACACAGUUUGCUGGUUUUGUCGAAAAGGACAGAGAAAUCGACGGUCAAGACACGAAAAAUGGAAUUCACUACAAGCUCUAUGUGUUAUUCCAAAAUGGCCUUCGAGCGGAGCAAGAUCUCUACGUCAGACUCAUUGACAGUGUUUCAAAGCAGGCUAUUGCGUAUGAGGGGCAGGAUAAAAAUCCAGAAAUGUGCCGAGUGUUGCUAACUCACGAAGUGAUGUGCAGCCGUUGUUGUGAAAAGAAAAGCUGUGGAAAUCGUAACGAAACGCCUAGUGAUCCAAUAAUUAUCGACAAGUACUUCUUGAAAUUCUUCCUAAAAUGUAACCAGAACUGUUUGAAGAAUGCCGGAAAUCCACGGGACAUGCGACGAUUCCAAGUUGUGCUGAGCACUACUGCAAGAAUUGAUGGUCCGCUGCUGGCUGUGUCGGAGAAUAUGUUCGUCCACAACAAUUCUAAGCAUGGACGAAGAGUGAAAAGAGUGGACACGUCUGAUGAGUUCUCUGAAGUCUCGGAGAUGUCAAUGGGAUCGACUCCUCUGAUCAAAGCUUUAUGUCCAAGUGAAGGAUGGAUUCAAGGCGGUACACAGGUAAUAGUAAUAGGCGAGAACUUUUUCGAAGGGCUGCAGAUAGCAUUCGGUUCUACCACAGUAUGGAGUGAGCUUGUUCAAGUUAUCUCUCCACACGCUAUGAGAGUCACAAGUCCACCUCGUCACAAUGCCGGAGUUGUCGAAGUCACACUUCAGUACAAAAAUAAGCAAUACAGCAGAGGAUCACCUGUUCGGUUUACCUACGCAUCUCUGACGGAGCCUAGUAUCGAUUUCGGUUUCCAGCGGCUGCAAAAACUGCUCCCCAAAUAUCCAGGAGAUCCCGAGCGGCUACCCAAGGAGAUCAUACUGAAGAGGGCAGCUGAACUUGCUGAAGCGCUCUACAGCAGAACCCAAGCGGAACAGUUAAGCAACUACGCUUCUGUUUAUUCAGCCGGAUUUGAUUCAUCAGCAGAUUACUCUUCUCGAGCACACGCUUCGCCGAGAUCCCUGCCCUAUGGAAGCAAUCAGUCCUUAUCGGCAGCUGUCUACCCCUCAACGUACCCUACCGUCAGUGCGAGUCCUGCAGCGAACUUCCUCAAUGCUCCAGCAGGCUUCGCACCAUUUGGUUCCGUGAAUCCCUUUGCGGCGACCUUGCAAUCCUCAACCCGCUUAGCUUAAGCUGAACAUGGCUUCGAUAUAAAAUUAUAAUCAAGUCACAACACAGAGCUCUUUAUUCUCUCCGAAAAUGGGUCUAACUAGUGGACAAAGAAUCCGCAUUUCUUCAAUAAUAGUUUUUGGUGUCAUGUCAUAAUUUGAACCGGAUGAUUAUUUGUACACGCAGCAUAUAUUCUGAUCUGCAAUAGACUCUGCUCAUUGUUAUUGUUUUUAUUUGCUUAACU